CCUUUAUGUGUCCACUUGCAUCUCUUCUAGCCUGGUAUUGUGCGAUUGUUUAACUUAAGACAAAAAUGAGCAACGGAUACUGAAAACAUAUUUUUGGGAUUGUAAACCUCCUGACUCCUUGGCUCUGUCAUGAUCACCACCUCUGUCAACAAUGCCUGUGUUCUACUCGCCUGUUCCCGAAAACCUGCCGGUGGGUCUGGUGUAUAUGGGAGGUUCUGUGUUCACAAACAACAGGACAGCAGACAGUGACUUCACCAGGGAGCAAGAGGAUGCAUCUGUGGUCAACGAGCUGGUUUCUCACCUCCCCCUUCAAAUGCUCCUGUAUUUCAAUAUGUUUUAUUUUCCCUGUUGGUGGUUUUCAGCUGUGUUCAUGCUGGAAGUAAAGUUCUACUAUCUUCCUGGGUACUAUCAGGCUCUGCUCAUUACUGGGAUGAUCCUACUCACAGUCAUCGAAGUGGUUCGACUUUAUCUGGGCUACACUGGCAACCUUAAAGAAAAGGUGCCAGAGCUGGCAGCCUUCUGGCUCCUGUCUUUCAUGUUCCAGCUGCCAGUGCUGCUGUUCUUCCUGACCGAUGAAGGAAUUAUCAUCCUGCCUCUGGAGAGAGCUGUCCACUCCAUCUAUCUCCUCUUCCUGCUCGCCCAGAUCCUGGCCUCCUUCUUGGCACUUAGAACCAUGACCCGAAAGCUCACCCUGCUCUUCCAUCUGCGGCAGCUUGGCAAGGUGGAGAGCUUCCACCACACAGGCAUGAGCCCAGUGUAUGGGCUUUCUUAUCACCGCAGUGUGCUGCCAGUAUCAGCCACCCAGGAUAUCUACAAUUAAAGCAAACAUCCAUCCUUUCCUAAUAACAUAGGUAUCAAAUCUAGUGUUGUAGGAACCACAUAUUUGAAACUUUCCAGAAAAUCUUCAACAGCUGCCAAAGCACGAGUGUGAGCAUUCAUUUAUUAUUUAAAAGAAAGCAUUUAGAAACCACCUAUUUUGUAAAACUCUGCUCUGCGGGUCUGCGUUUAUUAUGACUGCAUAGCACUCAGAACUUUUUAGGCCACUGUUGUGCUGAAAUUUGGGUGUCCCAGAUCUUUCUGUAUGACUUUUGAUGGUGUAUAAAAUGACAGACCUUUGAAAAAUAAAACAAAAAUCACAUACUAACUCUGAUGCCACAUUCUGACAUUUACUGAUGUUUUUAAAAGAUGAAAAACAACAUUUUAGCCCAAGCCUCAAUGUCAAAACUCAAUGCCACGUCAGCCAAACUGUCAUGAAGUGACACAUUUACAGGGGAGUAAGGUAAAACACACCAUCAAACAAUAAAAUUAGAUCAGAAAUACACAGCAGUACAGUGCUUGUGGCUGCUUUCAUCAGUAUUAUAGUGUUUCCGUUUUUUCCUUUCCUUUCUUAAUGAUGAUGGAUGAUGGAGGCUGUAGUGUUGGUGGAACGGAAUUAUUUUGCCGAGGCAGAUUACAUUCUUGCCCACAAGAAAA